CUUUGAAUCUUCCUAAAGCAGUGGUCACAAAGCUUAAAGGUGACAUAACAGAGCUCACGUAAACUAACACACGUUCCCCACCCCCCCAAGCCAACAAUAAAAUCAUCCCCUUCAAUUUGCCAUGAUCGUCGCGACCAGGAGCCAGGUGAUUAUCCUAAUUAAUGUCUAUCUAAUUAAAUUACUGUCAGCAGCUAACCAAUGGCAGGAGCCGUUUCAUCGGCUGCAUAAGCAGCAAGAUCAAAAGUGAGCCUUUUCUGAUUGCUGCAUAGUGUCAAUUGGCCAAUCUCUUCUCCCAGGGAAAAAAAAAAAGUAAACCAAACCUUUGAGAAGCAUUUGCUGGUUGAAGUGCUUUCUGUCUAGUGAGGGGUCUGUGGAUUCCUAGUUUAUGAUAAACAGGACUUUAAAACCCAGGGACGGGAGGGCGAGCGAUCAGGUUCUAGAGCUAUGCAGCUGGAGCAUUGCCUCUCUCCUUCUAUCAUGCUCUCCAAGAAAUUUCUCAAUGUGAGCAGCGGCUACCCACAUUCGGGCGGAUCUGAGCUUGUCUUGCACGAUCAUCCCAUUAUCUCGACCACUGACAACCUGGAGAGAAGUUCACCUUUGAAAAAAAUUACCAGGGGGAUGACGAAUCAGUCAGAUACAGACAAUUUUCCUGACUCCAAGGACUCACCAGGGGACGUCCAGAGAAGUAAACUCUCUCCUGUCUUGGACGGGGUCUCUGAGCUUCGUCACAGUUUCGAUGGCUCUGCUGCAGAUCGUUACCUCCUCUCUCAGUCCAGCCAGCCACAGUCUGCGGCCACCGCUCCCAGUGCCAUGUUCCCGUACCCUGGCCAGCACGGACCGGCGCAUCCCGCCUUCUCCAUCGGCAGCCCCAGUCGCUACAUGGCCCACCACCCGGUCAUCGCCAACGGAGCUUACAACAGCCUGCUGUCCAACUCGUCGCCGCAGGGCUACCCCACCGCCGGCUACCCCUACCCACAACAGUACGGCCACUCCUACCAAGGAGCCCCGUUCUACCAGUUCUCCUCCACCCAACCGGGCUUGGUACCCGGCAAGGCACAGGUAUACCUGUGCAACAGGCCACUUUGGCUGAAAUUUCAUCGUCAUCAAACGGAGAUGAUCAUCACUAAACAGGGAAGGCGCAUGUUUCCCUUUUUGAGUUUUAACAUUUCUGGUCUCGAUCCCACCGCUCAUUACAAUAUUUUUGUGGAUGUGAUUUUGGCGGAUCCCAAUCACUGGAGAUUUCAAGGAGGCAAAUGGGUUCCUUGUGGCAAAGCGGACACCAAUGUGCAAGGAAACCGGGUCUAUAUGCAUCCAGAUUCCCCCAACACUGGGGCUCAUUGGAUGAGGCAAGAAAUCUCUUUUGGAAAAUUAAAACUCACCAACAACAAGGGAGCAUCAAACAACAAUGGGCAGAUGGUGGUUUUACAGUCCCUGCACAAGUACCAGCCCCGUCUGCACGUGGUGGAAGUGAACGAAGAUGGCACAGAGGACACCAGCCAGCCUGGCCGCGUUCAGACAUUUACUUUCCCGGAGACUCAGUUCAUCGCUGUCACCGCCUACCAGAACACCGAUAUUACACAACUGAAAAUAGAUCAUAACCCCUUUGCAAAAGGAUUCCGAGAUAAUUAUGACACGAUCUACACGGGCUGCGACAUGGACCGCUUGACCCCCUCGCCCAACGACUCUCCGCGCUCGCAGAUUGUGCCCGGCGCCCGCUACGCCAUGGCCGGCUCUUUCCUGCAGGACCAGUUCGUGAGCAACUACGCCAAGGCCCGCUUCCACCCGGGCGCCGGCGCGGGCCCUGGGCCGGGCACGGACCGUAGCGUGCCGCACACCAACGGGCUGCUGUCCCCGCAGCAGGCCGAGGACCCCGGCGCGCCCUCGCCGCAGCGCUGGUUCGUGACGCCGGCCAACAACCGGCUGGACUUCGCGGCCUCGGCCUACGACACGGCCACGGACUUCGCUGGCAACGCGGCCACGCUGCUGUCGUACGCGGCUGCCGGCGUGAAGGCGCUGCCGUUGCAGGCCGCUGGCUGCACGGGCCGCCCGCUGGGCUACUACGCCGACCCUUCGGGCUGGGGCGCACGCAGCCCCCCGCAGUACUGCGGCGCCAAGUCGGGGUCCGUGCUGCCCUGCUGGCCCAACAGCGCCGCGGCCGCCGCGCGCAUGGCGGGUGCCAACCCCUACCUGGGCGAGGAGGCCGAGGGCCUGGCGGCCGAGCGCUCGCCCCUGGCGCCCGCCGCCGAGGACGCCAAGCCCAAGGACCUGUCCGACUCCAGCUGGAUCGAGACGCCCUCCUCCAUCAAGUCCAUCGAUUCCAGCGACUCGGGCAUUUACGAGCAGGCCAAGCGGAGGCGAAUCUCGCCCGCAGACACGCCGGUGUCCGAGAGCUCGUCCCCGCUCAAGAGCGAGGUGCUGGCCCAGCGGGACUGCGAGAAGAACUGCGCCAAGGACAUAGGCGGCUACUAUGGCUUCUACUCGCACAGCUAGGCCGCCAGGCCCUCUCCCGCUCCCGCGCCCCCCGAGGCCCCUCGGCUUUGCUGCCCCACGUCCUCCUCCCCAGGCCCGCUCUUGUGCACUUGCUCUUUCACUUGACCCUCGAUGACCGUCUGCGGGGGAUGAGUGCAG